GUCGAUGCUUGCAUUUUGAUAUAUUUUUUCUAAUAUAAACACUACGGUCGCUAAGUGAUCUAAAUUAUAAAAAUGAAAUUUACGGAGCACUUGAGUGCUCAUAUUACGCCAGAAUGGAGAAAACAAUAUGUAAAUUAUGAGGAAAUGAAAGCAUUACUCUAUGCAGCGGUUGAGCAGGCGCCAACAGCAGAUACUACAGAGUCACAUGUAUUAGAGCGUUAUUUUAAUAAAUUUGACGAGAAGUUUUUCCAUUACUGUGACAAAGAAUUAGCAAAAAUAAAUACAUUUUAUUCAGAAAAACUUGCAGAGGCUACACGUAGAUUUGCAGCUCUGAAUAACGAGCUAAGCGAAAUAUUAUCAGUUUCUGAAGAUAAACAGGCAAACCGUAAAAUUCGUUAUCGUAAUAAUAUCCUACACAAAAAACCAGUCUCUGCGCGUAAACUUCAAGAGCUGAAAUUGGCCUUUUCUGAAUUUUAUCUUUUUCUCAUUUUACUUCAGAACUAUCAGAAUCUUAAUUUUACUGGAUUUAGAAAGAUAUUAAAAAAACAUGAUAAACUUUUAAACAUAGACCUUGGGGCAAAAUGGAAAGCAGAACAUGUAGAUACAGCAUUAUUUCACACGCACAAAGAUAUAGAUAGACUUAUCGCAGAAACAGAAGCAUUGGUUACUCGCGAUUUGGAACAUGGGGACAGACAAAGAGCCAUGAAACGUUUAAGAGUCCCUCCACUCGGAGAACAACUUUCUCCGUGGGUUACAUUUAAAGUUGGAAUUUUUUCUGGUGCUUUCAUUGUGCUUCUUAUAGCAGUAAUACUUUCGGGUGUAUGGUAUAGGGAUAACAAUAAUUGGCGAGUUUUAUGUAGAUUAUAUCGUGGACCACUUCUUAUGAUUCAGUUUCUUUUUCUGAUGGGUAUAAAUGUCUAUGGUUGGAGGUCUUCCGGUGUAAAUCACGUUUUAAUAUUCGAACUUGAUCCUCGAAAUCACCUAUCGGAACAGCACAUUAUUGAAAUGGCAAGCGUGUUUGGAUUAGUUUGGUCUUUAUCGAUUUUGGGUUUCUUGUACAGUGAAAUAUUAGGAAUACCGCCGUUUGUUCAACCCAUGUUGCUGUAUACAUUAUUAGCCUUAUUUUUAUUCAAUCCAACGAAGACGUUACGACGAGAGGCAAGAUUUUGGGCACUUCGUGUCCUAGGCAGAAUAUUUUGCGCUCCAUUUUUUUAUGUCGGAUUUGCUGAUUUCUGGCUCGCCGAUCAACUAAAUUCUCUUCACACCGUCUUCCUAGAUUUCCAGUAUUUUGUUUGCUUUUACGUGCAAAAUUCUUCAUGGACCGACGUAACUGACGCAGAAACUUGUAUAAUGCGCGAAUUAUCGAUGAGACCGUUUGUGGCUUGCUUACCAGCAUGGUUUCGAUUCGCGCAAUGUUUGCGACGAUACAGGGACACGAAAGAAGCUUUUCCGCAUCUUAUAAACGCGGCGAAAUAUGCUACCAGUUUCUUUGUUGUUGUUUUCUCCUAUCUACAUUUAACUAAUUCUAUACUAUUAUUACUUUGCGAUAAUCGAGGACUUCAUACUUCGUUUUGGAUGGGCAUUUUCUUUAUCGCUCACGGAAAUGGGAUACGUACACGCAGACUUGAUGGUUUCCAUAGUAGCACCGUUGGAAGUAUUCAGGUAAGUCAGAAGCGGAUGCUGUCGGUAACAAACUUAUGUUUCAUAAAAAUCAUUAUACUGCUUGCGUUUAAUAUCCAACAUCUACGGAAUAGUUUUUAUCGCACAAGACUUGUGUAUUAUAUAUGUGUAUUAGUGUUUUAUUUCCAGCAAAGCUUAAUACGUGUUAUUGCUUGCAUGAUAUUUAAAAUCAUUUGUCAUUUCAGUUAUACGAAGCCUAUAUCAACAAAUAAUGUUUGCCGAGUGGAACUAAUAAAUUUUAAUAAACGUUACCACGUACAAAAGAAUUUUAUUAUUUAUUUGAUUUAUUCCUACUUUAUUUAUUCCCUCGUACAUUUUAUAAGUCAAACAUAUUUUAUAUUUUUUUUUUUAAUUUAUUAAGUACGUAUCUAUUAUAAUAUUUCACAUCGUGUCCGUACCGUUGAUGUCUUAUCGGUGGACCAUACGAUGAUCCAGAAUCAAAUUUAAUUUACAAUAAGAAACACUACAUACGAUUGUACCAAUUCGUCUUACCAAUCGGUUGAUAGAAGGUACAUAUGGAAUUACUUCCGCCUGGAAAAUGAACACCUGUACAACAUAGGCAAAUUUCGAGCAGUUCGGGAUAUCUCCAUAGGGCCUUAUAGACAGAACGAAGACAUUAAACCAAAGGCAGCUAUUCAUCUUAUGGAUUGUAGAAACGAUGAAGCUGACAAGCUGAAGAAAUUCCAUGAUCGUUGAAAUUAGCAUCUUAUAAUUGCGAUUCAUGCUUUCGAAUAUUGUACAUUUUCAUUACCACAAUCAAAUCAAUCGCCCUCUUUCUUUUUUUAAUUGCAUAUCAACCUGCAUGUUUGGCAUGCUAAGCUCUCCAACUAACAGCAUAGUAGGAAUAAAAUCAAUCGAUUUUAAAAGUAUUUCUUUUGAUUGUGAAUCGUGUCAAGAACGAUCUCUACUUUUACGCUGUGCGAGUACGCUUCUCUAAAGGGGUAUUCUAGUCUACCAUUUUGGAAAAACUUCUUUUUAUUCUCUUCUCUUACAAACGCGACUUUACAUUUUUACAGGUAAUUGUGUCUCUUUAUGCAAAAUUGUAUGUAACUUAAUCAAAUAUGUAUCAAUAAUGGGGCGACUUAAAUGAACAUCUUAAGUAGUAUAAAAUUAUCUAAAUUCUAAAUUAGAUUACUCCCUUAAGCGAUAUAAAGCAUGUGCAGAAGAGGUGGAGGAUCAGUGAUACGAUCGAGAUAACUAACUUGCCGUAUACUUUCAAACGUUUGCAUUCGCAUUGUCUCGAUCUAAAGUUAUCGUAUGUAUAUGCAUACGCAUACGUAUGGCAGGCAUCGAUUAAAUCGUGUAGAUCGCGAAGUAAUCGGUGCUCCUUUUC